AUGGCAGGUGUGGUGUAUCCCAGACAGGCCCCUGUGGAUUUAGACAUAUACAAAAGCUCCUAUAUGGUUGACUAUCAACACUACGGGAAGCACAAAUACUCCAGAGUCACACCACAAGAGCAAGCGAAGCUGGAUGCCCAACUCCAGGACAAAGAAUUUUAUAGGGUCGUCCCCAGCUCCAAGCCCAGGCUAGAGGAUGGAUACCCCGCCUUCAGAAAACCCCACAUGACCGCCAAAGACCUGGGACAGCCUGGCUUCUUCCCCCCGCAGGAUCAGGACCGUGUGGCCGCAGCGGAGGACGAGUGCAGGUUCACCAGUAUAUGCCCUUCCGUGUACCCCGUUUCCCACGCCCUGUACCCGGCCCAGGGUGCCCCCAACCGGGUCCGCCAGAGCGCCGGCUUGCCGUGCCUCCUGGAGCCCGAGGUCCAGCCUGCGCCCGAGGAGGGCGAGGGCUACUUUCUACUGCCUGGCUGCCUCUGUCCGUAUCACCAUGAAGUCAAGUUCCCCAUCUUGAACCGACGGGGGCCCAUGGUGCCAUUUUACCAGUAG